AUGGAAGACAAAGACCUCGAGGCCUCUCUCCUUGCUGUGGUCAAGAAGCUCUUUUCCGGCCCCUCCCGCGAGGACCUCUCCGUCAAUACCGUGCGGACCAAGUGCGAGAAGGAGAAUGGCCUCGAGGAAGGAUUCUUUGCCCAGGGCGAGUGGAAGUCAAAGUCAAAAGAGCUCAUCAAGAACCAAGUGAACGAGCUCGUGGCAAAAGAAGAAAGCGGCGAGCCCCCUUCGUCGCAGGCUGUGGUUCCUACACAAGAGAAGAAGCCGUCGCCAAAGCCCAAGGGGGAAAAGGCGCAGAAGAAUGGCACCAAGCGCGCAGCGCCCAAGGCGACCAAGCCCGCCCCGAAGAAGAGACAGACAAAACCCGCCCCAAAGCCCAAAUCGGAAUCGGAAUCGGAAUCGGAAUCGGAGCUGAGCGAGCCGCCUGAAGACGAGGACGAGGAAGACGAGGAGGACGAUGCGUCUGAUGAUUACGAGGAAGAGAAGGCAAAACCAAAAAAGAAGCAACAGAAGAAGGCCAAGGCACCGCAGCGCGGUCGCAAGCGGAAGGCCACCGAGACAGACGACGACGAAGCGGAGAAAUCUUCCAUCGUGGCCGACGGCAUAGAAGUCUCGACCACGGGCGUGAAGGAGGAGGCCGACGAGAAGGAGGAUUCGCCCCUGUCCGAGCCCCCCAAGAGCGAAAAGGAAGAAACGAAGCCGUCCGUGGCCGUGAAGGACGAGGGCGAUAGCAGCCCCCUGUCCUCGGUGAUUGACGACGAGCCCCCGCCGCCCAAGAAGCAGCGCAAGCCAAAAGCAGCGCCCGCCAAGAAGGCCAAAGCGGCCGCGGAAGAUGACGACGGCGACAGCAGUGAGCUCUCCUCGGUGAUAGAUGACGAGCCGCCAGCAAAGAAGAAGCGAAAGUCCAAGGAGCCGGCGGCCAAGAAGACCGCUGCACCCAAGGGCGCCGCGCGCAAAUCAGCAGGCGGCGGGGAGGAGGCGGACCCGGACGAGGCCGAGGUCAAGAAGCUGCAGGGGCAGCUGGUCAAGUGCGGCGUGCGCAAGAUCUGGGGGUUCGAGCUCAAGGGGUGCGGGGGCGACGCCAAGGCCAAGAUACGGCACCUGCGCGGGAUGCUGCGGGACGUGGGCAUGGACGGGCGGUUCUCGGAGGCCAAGGCGCGCGAGAUCAAGGAGCGGCGCGAGCUGGCGGCCGAGCUGGAGGCGGUCAACGAGAUGAACGACCUCUGGGGCGUGGGCGGGCGGCGGGGCCGGAGGGCGGCUGCGCCCAAGGGCAAGCUCGCGGAGGAUAGUGAGGAUGAUGAGGAGGGCGGUGGUGGUGGCGACAAGGACGGGCAGGAGAAAGGGGUCAGAGGCAAGGGUGGCGACGGGGAGGAGGACGAAGAUAGCGACGCGCCAAAGGCCAGUUCGCGGAGGAGGAAGGUCAGGCCUGAGCUGGCGUUCCUGGGGGACGACGACAGCGACGACGACUGA